UCUGAACCAAAGUUCGGACCGCCCCAAUCAAAAAUUAUUGGAUCCUUCUCUUACGGUGCGACUAAGUAAUAUAUUCCGAACAAAAUAUCACGUGAUAGAAGCGCGUUACAAGAUGGAAGCCGUUUCACGUAUAAUCAAAGUGCAGCUACCAAACUAUCUCCGAUCUCUGCCGGUUCCUUCCACAUUUGGCGGAUUUUUAAAACUUUCGGGAAAGGAGUGGCGGCAGCUUGCACCGCUUUUACUUGCUCUAUCGCUGUUCAUUUAUCUCGUGAUUUUGCGGCUCACUCGGCGGUCAACAUCGAAGUCCAGUGGGAAGAGGACGCCUGAUCAAGACUGGGUCAACAAAACACUGCAAAAGGAUAAAGAGAAAGUUGCUGAUACGAUCCAGAUUGAAGAUUUAGCAGAGAAGGCGGCGUAUCACGCUUUCUGUCGGUGCUGGAAAUCGAAAAAGUUCCCAAGGUGUGAUGGCUCACAUACCAAGCACAACAAAGAAACAGGAGACAAUGUGGGGCCACUUGUACUGAAGAGAAAAAAGCCUCAACCGGCGGCAGCAACCACACCUUCAUCUUCACAGACUUCUUGAAAUUUUGCACCUAUAAACAAACACAUUUUAUGAGUUUAUACUGAGUGUAUUUGUGCCACAAGGAGAUUUUUGCACCAAGGACAUGAUGCACUUUCUGUAGCAGUUGAACUCUUCCAGAACUGUUAAGGUCUAGCAUUUCAAUGAAUAUUAGAACUAGGUAAAAUGGGUGAAGAAAAGAAAGAUUGAAGGUCAACUCCAACUCCCUUUUUGUUGUAAAAUGGAAAAAUUGGAGUACUCAUUUGUGCAAAAGGUAGAUAAUGAAUACCUGUAUUUACAUGUAACAUGCAGUUAAGAAUGAAAUUUGGUGUAUGGGUAUGUUAUAAGAAAUAAUUUGGAUAUAUCAACAAAGUUGAAAAUGGUAAA